AUGAGGGUGCAGGAGCUGGGUUACAAGGUGUCCCAGCCAGCACCGGGUGGCCGAGCCAGUGUCACAGAGCUUUGCUUUCCUCUUCCAGGCCAGUCAUGGAAGGCGCUGAGCGCCAGCGACAAGCGUCCCUUUGUGGAAGAGGCAGAGCGGCUGCGAAUCCAGCAUCUCCAGGAUCACCCCAACUACAAGUACCGCCCAAGAAGAAAGAAGCAAGCCAAGAAAAUCAAGAGGAUGGAACCCAAUAUCCUCCUGCAUAACCUUUCCCAGCCUUGCAGUGACAACUUCAGCAUGAGUCACCAUGGCGGCAGCCAGCCGGGCCACCCCCAGCCUCCUCCACUUAACCACUUCAGAGAACUCCACUCCAUGGGGUCGGAUAUUGAAAACUAUGGCUUGCCAACUCCUGAGAUGUCUCCCUUGGAUGUCUUGGAACAGACCGAGCCGGCGUUUUUCCCUCCGCACAUGCAGGAUGACUGCAACAUGAUGCCCUUUCGGGGCUACCACCACCAUCACCAGAUGGAGUUUCCCCAGGAGAAGUGCAUGGGGCGGGACGUGGCCGUGCCCUACGCGCAGACCCCCUCGCACUUGGCCGACGCCAUGAGGACUCCCCAUCCCUCCAGCAUAUACUACAACCAGAUGUGCUCGGGAACUCAGAACGGGCUUUCCGCCCACCUGGGCCAGCUCUCGCCCCCACCCGAAGCCCACCACAUGGAGAGCGUGGAUCACUUGAACCAAACCGAGCUGUGGACAGACGUUGACCGCAACGAGUUUGACCAGUAUUUGAACAUGAGCAGGACUCGUCCCGAAGCCUCGGGACUCCCUUACCAUGUCUCCCUGUCCAAAGUGACUCCUAGGAGCAUCUCCUGCGAGGAGAGCAGCUUGAUAUCCGCCUUGUCCGAUGCCAGCAGCGCCGUUUACUAUAGCCCCUGCAUCACCGGUUAG